UCCAAAGCCCAUCGUGGCAGCAGAGAGCACUCCUCUCAAGCGCUCUCCCAUCUCCUCGAGGGUUUCCGGCGGCCGGCUCCUCCGACUGCCAGCUCUUCCGCCGCCGCCGCCGGCCUGCAGCUCCCGUUCUCUAUCCCACCAGGCCAAUGGAGGCAUCCACCGCGCGCCGUCGGAGCGUGCGCAGGAAAGCGGCGACGACUCUGACGGAAAUCCCCGACCACCUCCUGGCGGAGAUCUUCCUCCGGCUGCCCGCCGCAGAAGACCUCGCCCGUGCCUCUGCCGUCUGCGUCUCCUUCCGCCGGCUCGUCAAGGACAAAUCCUUCCUCCGUGGCUUCCGCCGCCUCCACCGGCGUGCAGCUACCGUUCUCCACUCCUCCACGCCAAUGGCGACCUCCACGGCGCGCCGUCGGCACGGUCGCAAGAAAACCAAGACGACUCUCACAGAGAUCCCCGACCACCUCCUGUCCGAGAUCCUCCUCCGGCUGCCCGCCGCAGGAGACCUCGCCCGUGUCUCCGCCGCCUGCGUCACAUUUCGCCGCCUCGUCAUCGACACCGACGGAUCCUUCCUCCGCCGCUUCCGCCGCCUCCACGACCCGCUCCUCCUCGCCUUUUUCGACCGCGACGGGUUCCACCACGCCGUCCCGCCGCACCCCUCCGCGCUCGCCUCCGCUGCCGACUUCUCAUUCUCAUUCUUCCCCAACCAUGGCGACUGGGCCGUUCAGGACAUCCGCGACGGACGCGUCCUCCUCCUCCGACCCGGCGAGGGCCAGCAGCGCCGGGUCUCCAUGGAGGUUCUCCACGCCGACGAGGGCCAGCAGCGCCAGGUCUCCAUGGAGCUUGCGGUGUGCGAUCCCUUGCACCGGAGAUACGUCCUGCUUCCCCCAGUACCUGACGACUUAGUAGCUUCGGUGGCGCAUGCGGCCACGGAUUACAGGCCCUGUUACGAGGCUUUCCUCGCCCCCCUCGAGGAAGAGGCAGAUACUGCAUUCAGCGUGAUAUGGAUGGUACAUUUCAGUACUAGGUUGGCCGCUUUGGUCUUCUCUUCAAUCACUGGACAGUGGCAAGUGGCUGCAUCCAAGGAAUGGAGGGAUUUGUUCCUUGGCCAGGGCAAGUCGACCAUGGUGUCACCGAUCGACCGUGAAUAUCACGAGCGCCAUUACGCUUAUGGCUGCUUCUACUGGGAGUCCACCACAAGUCAGAAGAAAGGGUUGCUUGUGCUUGACACCCGUACGAUGGAGUUCUCCCUUUCUGACCUCCCGCCCAGAGAAUGGUGUACGCUAGGUCUAGCCAUUGUGGAGGGGAAACAACGCUGAGAGUUCUAGCCAGUGGAAGUUGGAGAAGACAAUCUCACUAGGUUCUGGGUGCCAGCAUCAUAUCAAAACUGCAUCUGGGAGGUACUUGCUCGUAGGAAAGUUUCGAGCCAUGCAGUUCGCAGGCUCAACUCCUUGGUUGCCGG